CUGCCCGUACAGCUAGAGGCGCACUGCUGGAACUUGGAACUUGGAAGGGUGGAAGGGGCCAGGGCGGCCUCUCCUUGCAUGAAUCAACAGACCUCUUCAGGAAGCUGCCUUCCGCCCUUGCCACCAGAAUUUUGGGGCUUCUCAGGAAUUGGGGCACAUAUGGUGUUGUAAAGGAGCGGUUUCCUGGCAAUACAGCGUGCAUUGAUCCUUUCAUGUGCAUGCUCGCUGGGAUUCACACUCUCAGAAGAUGGCGUCUGCAAAGAAGAACUUCGAGUCUAUGACUGUUGCGCAGCUGCAAGACUACCUGCGAGGGGAGGGCGUUGAGCUCCCAGCGAAGACGCAGCUGAAAAAGUACUACGUCGGGCUUGCAGUGCAGCAAAGCGAGCUGUCGGCUGGUAACCUGACAUCACCGAGAACGCGAUGGGGGUCCGAGCCGGUUGAACUGCGCACCUCACCUCUGGGCGGAAAAGAUGGAAAAGCUGCGGAGAAGGGUGAAGCUUCUGAGAUGCCCCAACAGGAGGGGGCUGCAUCGAGCAGUAAAGCUGACAGGACUGGCACCGCUGUUCCCAGACAGCCUGGCCGAAGUGAAAGAGAUAGUGUUUCUCAACGGCUGAGGUCGCCAGAGCGAGGCCGCCCCAUCAAACAGGAGGGGGGUGCCACUCCCUACAAGUCUCCCCGUCGGAUGCGAGAGAUGUCGCCCCUGCGUCGCGCCAAGUCCCCAUUGAGAAGGAAAGCAGAAGCAGCAGCAACUAGAGGGGACGCAACCACCAGCACAGCCCGAAAGACCCUGGAUGAGACUCUGUUUGGUGGCCCCAAAACACCUCCCCAAGCCAGCAAGCCCUUGACACAACCUCAGCCAGAGCCCUUGGCAGCAGCGGCAGAAGUAAAACAAGAAAGGGUCCCCAAGAAAACAAAGAAAGCUGGCUUCUGGGUGCCAUCCUUCUUUCAGAGAAGCAAACGCGAGAACGUCGAGAGAAGCAGUAGAGAGGAAGUGAGAACCAUGCGCGUACAGAACUUGGGACGGCGAAGCUGGGGGGCGGCAAAGGCGGGGUGGGAGUUACUCAGCAGAAUCCUGAGUGUCAGGCCGCCUCAGUGGCUUGUACUCCUUCUCGCUCUGGGGAUGGUCGUGGCGCUGGCGAUCUCAUACUUGCAAGCAGCGCUGCGGCCGAUACCAUUCUGCGAUACUGGGGCUUCACCUGUCGGCAGUCAGUGCAUCCCCUGCCCCGAACACGGCCACUGCGAGUCGGGCCACUUAACGUGCGCUGUCGGGUACGAAAAGGUUGGGCGGCACUGCGUAAAGGACAAGCGAGUGGAGGCGCGGGUGCAAAAGCUGGCUGGGAAAGUGAAGCGGUUCGCAUGCCAGCAGCGGGGACUGGCGCUGUGCGGAUACAACGCCUCGGAAGCGGUGACACGGGCGAGCGUGAUGGGAAUGCUGGGAGAGGGCCAGACUGUGGACCAACGGACGGCGGACAUCUUUUCCCUGGCAGUGCAGAGGGCCGGCGAGGAACUUCUCAUGGCGGCAGAGAACGGAGUACCCGUGCUGGUGUGUCCUGACGAUCUGGCGCGGCAGUACAAGCCGCUGAGCUGUCUCGCCCGCGAAGCGGCGCAGCGCAACUGGAAGCCCCUCGCGCUGCUGCUGCUGUCCAUUCUGGGGGCGCUCUACUUUUGGCGGCGGCGGCGGCAACAGCAGGCGCUUGUGAAAGCUGCUGAGACGCUCUACGAAAAGAUCUGCGCCGAGCUGGAGGACGCGGCCCAGCGGCCGGGGGGCGCUCCCAAGUGGAAGAUCGCGACGCACUUCCGGGACUCGCUGCUCAAGCCGCGGGAGCGGGGGGGGGCGCUGUGGAAAGAGGUUGACCGCCUGGCCAGGGAAGACACGCGGGUGCUUGUGCGGCAGCAGAUGGUGCAGGGGGAGUCGUUCACCGUCUGGGAGUGGCGCGAAGCGGGCGCCCUCUUGUCUCCGACUUUCAAAGGCACGGCCGGAGCCCCCGCCAGCGGUACGCCCUCCAAUCAGCCUACUGAAGCCUUGGUGCGGCGGAGGCCUUCGAACGAGACACCGUCUCGCACAAAUGGAACGCCGUCACGGAUAUACCCCAGCACUAACACCAUAAACAUAGAACCUGUCCGCUGGAAGUUUUGAUUCGCAACCUACUCAAAGCAAUGCGAAAGCAACAUAACGAGGACGACGCCGGUGAUUUCAGGCGUUCUUGUUCAAGCGGGACUGAUUCAUAAGCAGAAGCCGGAGGAAGACUUGUUAACAUCGUUGUGGGUUUAAAGUCUGAGCAGAUCGUUGUGGAUCCAAAGUUCUCUUGCUCAAACCUCGAUGUUGGAUUAUCCGUGAUACAGGUUGCGUCUUUGCGAAAACUUGUUCAUAGUGCCAG